AUGGACCGUCUCUCAACCGAGCUAGACGAAAAGAUCAUCCAGCACCUAGUCGGAAAGGAAGCAUCGGCUCUUUCGAUGACAUCAAAGUACUAUCGAUCGCUUGCAGAACCACAGCUCUACCGAGAGCUCAAUUUCUCGACCAAGCAAUGCAUAGACUUGAUGUUGUUAUUCGACACGCUUGUUGAUCGUCAAGAUCUCGCAAAGCACAUUCAUUCCUUCACUAUAACCACAAACGGGAUACCACAGUUUACGUUGGCUUUCGACGCUGUCUUCUUCUCCCGCUUCCAGAGUAAAAUCAAUGAGUACGAGCGGGUCAUCAGGGAAGUUAUUCCAUCAUCGUCAAGAAGUCGAGCCAGGCAAUGGCUUGAUCGGAUGCAUCUAGGAGAGCCUAUGAUCGACGGACAGCUCGCGAUGAUUGCCUGCCUCGCUGGAAACAUGGAGCAUCUGACACUGGGUGGCGUCUACCCGUCCAGUCUUCCGAUCACCCUGUCAGUCCUCGAAAAGUCCUGGGACAAAGUCAGUGCCGGCUUUCUGAGUAGCGAGGGAUCCAUCAUCCGCAACACCAUGGAGGAAUACAAGGCCAAGUACGCCAUCCACGAGGCCUGUCGGGAGGGUCAAACAUCCCGAGUCGACUCCCUCCUCGCCGCGAACCCCAAGCUCGCAAACCUCCGCGACCCAGACGACCGCCUCCCAAUACACUGGGCCGUAUCCUACAAUCACCUCGCUAUCGUUCAAACACUCGUACAAAGCAAAUCGUUCGAUCCCGAUGUCACCGAUGGCUCGGGCUGGACGCCACUCAUGAUGGCAUGCUCGCGGAAAGACGCAGAGCCAAUAGUAGACCUGCUACUCUCUAAAGACGCCGACGUGAACGCGAAGAACAACAACGGCCAGACCGCCCUACAUUUUUGCGCGUCGAAAGUAAACCUCGAUAUCGCACGUACAUUGCUCGCACAGAAGCCGCCAGCGUCAGCACGGAUAAAAGACAAGAGGGGUCAGCUACCACUGCACCGCGCAGCGGCGGUAGGUAGCGUGCCGAUGAUGAAGGCAUUGUUAGAUGCAAAGAGCCCUUUGAACGCGACGGACAUGGAUGGCAUGACAGCGCUGCACCAUGCGAUGAGCGAGGGGCACGGAGACGCGGCGCUGCUGCUGCUCACCAUGGGCGCAGAACACGACAAGAAGGACACAGACGGCCAUGUUGCGCUGGACCUCGCGCCAGAUGCGAAGACUAGGAGCUUCAUACUGCAGGCAGCUGAGCGGGAAGGUAUAGAACUGCAGUAG